CACCAUCCAGCUCAGCUCAGUCAUUGGCGAAGCUACAGUUACAGUCUCCCCCAACCCCAACUAUAAUAUUUCAACUAACCCUCUCUCCUCUUAAUUCUCUCUCUCUCUAUUUCUGUUUCCAAGCUUAAUUCAACUCGCCCUGUUUUUAAUUUUUAGUAUCUUUGUCAGCAAAAACACAUGGCAGAGGAAGAACCCAAGAAGGUUGAAACCGAAACACCAUCGGAGCCUCCCCCGCCCGCUCCCGAACCGGCCGAAGCCCCACAAGACGUUGCCGAGGAGAAAACUGUAAUUCCACCUCCUCCUACCGAAGAAAAGCCAGCUGAGUCUAAAGAAGUUGCAGCAGCAGCAGCAGCAGUCGAAAAGGCGGCGGAAUCGACUGAGGAGAAAAGCACGGAGGGUUCUGUUAAUCGAGAUGCUGUGCUUGCUAGAGUUGAAACACAGAAGCGAGUUUCACUAAUCAAAGCUUGGGAAGAGAGUGAAAAAAGCAAAGCUGAGAACAAGGCUUAUAAAAAGCUUUCUUCUAUUGCGGCUUGGGAGAAUAGCAGGAAAGCAGCUCUGGAGGCUGAGCUGAAGAAGAUUGAGGAACAAUUAGAGAAGCAGAAGGCCGAGUAUGUCGAAAAAAUGAAAAACAAGGCGGCCUUAAUCCACAAGGAAGCAGAAGAGAAGAAGGCAAUCGUUGAAGCCAAGCGUGGGGAAGAUCUUCUCAAGGCAGAAGAGACAGCUGCAAAGUUCCGUGCCAAAGGAACUACUCCCAAGAAGGUCCUUGGUUGUUUUUGAGGAUAAAACUCCUUUAAAAGUUCUGGAUUAGAAAAAGUAUGUCAUUUCCCAUUUUGUGUAUAUUUUUUUAAGAGAUUAUUUGUUAAUUUUAGAUAUGUUUGUUUGGUUUAUAUGGUGAAGAAUUGGCCAUUGUUCAUUGUUUUGUGUGUGUAUCCGUAUGUAUUUGCGUGUGUAUACAUGCCAUUUGGUGAAAAUUACGUAUUAAAUUUGUGGGAAACAUGUUUGAUGUAAUAAUGUUGACUCAUGAAGAUUAUAGAAUGAAGUGGGCAAUCUUAGAACAUUAUUUUAAGCUUUA